AUGCCCGCCGCGGUGGGCCCGACCAACGGCGCUGCCGCCGCCACCGCCAGCUCAUCCCGCUCCCAUUUCCUCUCCGCCAACCACCCGCUCAACCUCCGCAAGCAAGCCCAACCCAAGCUCGACUCCAAUUUCAGCGUCAAAACCUACAUCGGCGCUGCAAAUGCCCUCCUCGACAAGGCGCGCGCCGCAGACGCUCAGGGCCAGAUCGAGGUCGCCUUUGUCAACUACCUCAAAGCCGCCAACGUCGCCGCCUUCAUCGCCAAGCAUGAUGAGUGGCCCACCAUCGCAAAGGCGCGCACGGGAUCGGUGUACAAGGCGUACAAUGAGCUCAUGAAACAGGCUCCCGUGUUUAUCGAGAGGACAAAGAGGUUGGAGGCGCAGCUGGCGGUUAGGGAGGAGAGGAACGCUCAGGCGAACAGGGACAUGGCACAGGAGCAGGCGAGGAAUGCAGAACGCCAGUUGCGGGAGCAACCGCCAGGCGAUUCGGCUCUUCGCAGCCAGGGCUCGGCGAGUGCGAAUGCGACCUCAAGCGCUGACUCUGAUGAGGACCACGCAGCUCACGGCACAGACGCCGAACCGAUCGACGACCAUCACGCUACCGGCAGACGCACCGGCAGCUCGCUCGCAGAUCGUCUUCAGGCUCUUCGCAACUCGGCUGUCACCGAUCCCGCAGAGCAUCGCAAUCGCGCCAGGUCCGACAGCGCCGCAUCCGCUUUUUCAACCCACGACCUCAGCCAAACCUUGCUAGACGCCUCGUCGGCUCAACCGAGCUUCCCGGACGUUCCGACAGCCUCCGAGUUCAACUCGUCCUAUCCUACAAUUGAUCAGUUCGAGAGCAGCAAUACAGCAACUUCGAAUGGGACGGAUGCUAACGGGUUUCCUGCUCCACCUACGCAUGCUGUGGGUAAGGCGAAACGUCCGCUUCCCGCACCACCGAGUGCCAGUUCUACCGAUGUCGCGCGCGAGUUUGCCAUUGCUCGCGAUGUACCAGAGCCUUUUGAUUCGAAUACACAGCCAGCAGCACCGUCGGUACAGCAGCAGCACCAACAGCCGCAGCGUCAGAUCGAUGGAUUGCCGUAUCAGGACAGCGAUCGUCGCUUCAGUCUCCAGCAGCAAAGCACACGCUAUUCGACCAGCUCGGCAGCGUCGGCCCCCCAUCCGGCAUCGGCAGCAGGCGCUUCCUUCGACGGCACACCGGAACCUCGCUCGCUCAUGGUCGGCUCCAAACCAGCGCUACCCAUGAAGAACCACAUCUCGGUCGAAGAGCUCUUCAGCUACCUCAACCCGGGCUUCCAAGAGUUCACCGAUGCAGAGGGCAGACGCAAGAUCGGCAAAAAGAUGGGGUUGGAUGUGCUGCUGUUGGAUGUACGCAGUCGGGCCGAGUACGAGGCUGGUCGUAUUUCGGGCGGUAGGACCGUGUGCAUCGAACCCUUCACGUUGAGGGAGGGGAUGAGUUCAGGAGAGAUCGAGGAUAAGCUCGUGAUUUCGCCGCAGGAGGAGCAGUCGGCAUUUGCGACGCGCAACCAGUUCGAUCUGGUGGUGCUGUACGACAGGAACCUGAGAUCGUUGAGGGGAAGCUUGUCGGCGGAUAAGAUUCCUCAGGAUCCGACGGCGCAGGCAAGGAUGGACGUGUUGAUCAGGGCUAUUUACGAGAACGAGUUUCAAAAGACACUGUCGCAUCAGCCGGUGUUGUUAGUGGGCGGGUUCGAGAGGUGGUCGCAGAAGCUCGGGGAUAAAUUGGUGCUAAGGAGCGCGAACAAUGGGACGCCGAAGCAGACUGGGAGGAGCAGCAUCUCGUUCGAACCGGGGACACGCUUUCCUACGGCGGAAGACCCUAGCACGAGGGGAGUUACGGCGGAGCAGGCGAGGGAGCAGGAGCUCAAGCGUGUCAGGAGGCAGCAGCAGGUGUUUGCCGAUGGCUCGUCGUAUGCGCCUCCGUCUGCUCCGGCAUCGCCGUCGGCACCUGGGAAGACGGGUAUGCAGCCGGGAGGCAUCUAUCCGAGCCGAGCGACGAACGGCACGAGCUCUCCGUAUGCAGCGGGAUCUUUCGACGGCGGGUAUGCGCCUCCCUCUCUGCCAGCACGUGCAUAUCAGGGUGCACCUUCGUUCCCACCUGCAGCAGCACACCGCCCGCCUUCUCGGUCGAACUCGUCGACUACGUUCGAUUAUCCUCAACUCAAACCCAACACGAUAGGCUCUGGCGUCACUUCGCCAUAUGGGAUGAUGGCGGCGCCACAGCCACCGCCUGUUGCGGCAUCGACGGCGACACCUACCGCGGCGACGACGGGCAGUCGCGAUCGAUCGGGUACGCCGGCUUCGCUGACGCCGGGAGGUGGGACGGCGGUGGUGCCUGCGUACGGGGGUCAGUCUCGCGUCUACAGCGCACCGACUCGAGCCGCGGACGAGAUCAAGAUCGGCUUGACCGGGCUGAAGAACCUCGGCAACUCGUGUUACAUGAACUCGACGCUGCAGUGUCUUUCGGCGACGAUUCCGCUGGCGAGGUUUUUGCUCGACGGGAGUUACAAGCAGGCGAUCAACCGGACCAAUCCACUGGGCACGCAGGGUCAGCUGGCCACCGCCUUGGCCGGGCUCAUCCAUGUCAUGUGGGGCGAAAAGUACGCGUUCGUCUCUCCCGUGACUUUCCGCGAAGCCAUGGCGAGGUUCGCACCGUCGUUCAGGGGGUACGAUCAGCACGAUUCGCAGGAGUUCUUGGCGAUCCUCUUGGAUGGACUGCACGAGGAUCUGAAUUACGUCCAGACUAGACCGCCGGCGAUAGAGAUGACCGAGGAAAGGGAGCGAGAGUUGGAGACACUGCCGCAGCAGGUGGCGAGCGUCAAGGAGUGGAAGAUCUACCGGAUGCGCAACGACAGUUUGGUGGUGGAUUGGUUCCAGGGUCAGUUCAGGAAUAAGUUGACGUGUCUCACUUGUGGGAAGACAAGUACCACGUACGAGGCGUUUACGUAUCUCUCGUUGCCGGUGGUGGGCGGGAAGGGAGGCAAGGUGGGGUUGGAGCAGUGCUUGGAUGCGUUUGUGAGGGAAGAGGUGUUGGACAAAGGGGAUAUGUGGAAUUGCAGCAGGUGCAAGAGGCCGAGGAAGGCGACCAAGAAGUUGAGCGUCUCGAGGUUGCCCCAGGUGCUGCUGAUUCAUUUGAAGCGCUUUAGCUUCAAAGGUCCGUUUACGGAUAAGUUGGAUACGGAGGUGAGGUAUCCCGUGGACAGACCGUUGGAUCUGACGAAUUACAUGCCGCCGCCUUUGCCGCCGGGCGCGGGGGCGGCGAUGGGUGCAGGGGUGGUGGAGAGCGGCAGUCAGAAACCGCCGUAUCUGUACGACCUGUAUGGCGUGACGCACCACUUUGGCAGCCUGAACACGGGGCAUUAUACGGCGACGGUAAAGAGCGGAAAGGAGUGGUGGUACUGCGAUGACAGUAGGAUUGUCAAGGGCGAUACGAGCAAGUUGCAGGGGAACAGUGCGUACGUGCUGUGGUUCAGAAGGAGGUAG